GAUAGCUGUAACGAUAGCCAAUGCAUACACAUCGCCAAUUUUGGCAUUUUCUCGCACGUAAAUUGUAAAUUCUGGGCCACUUUUCGCGCGCACAAACCGACGGCAGCUGUGAAAUUGAUGCUCGCAAGUGUGGAGCAGCAGUAGGCAUGGACGAAGAGUAUUCGGCGUCAUCUUCGGCCGGCGGCGGCGGUGGCAAAAAAGCCGGCGUGGGCAAGCAGCACAACACGCUGCCCUUCUGGGGCAACGAGACCUCGAUGAACCUGAAUCCGCUAAUCCUGGCCAACAUCCAGAGCUCCAGUUACUUUAAAGUUCACUUGUUCAAACUGAAAACCUACCACGAGGUGGUCGACGAGAUCUACUACCAGGUGAAGCACAUGGAGCCAUGGGAGCGCGGAUCCCGCAAGACCUCCGGCCAGACGGGCAUGUGCGGCGGUGUGCGAGGCGUCGGCGCCGGCGGUAUCGUGUCCACAGCGUACUGUUUGCUCUACAAGCUGUACACGCUCCGUCUGACCCGCAAGCAGAUCAACGGACUGCUCAACCACACAGACUCGGCCUACAUCCGGGCACUAGGAUUCAUGUACUUGAGAUACACGCAGCCGCCCGGUGACUUGUACGAUUGGUACGAAGACUAUCUGCAGGACGAGGAGGAGAUCGACGUCAAGGCGGGCGGCGGCCAGGUCCUCACCAUCGGCCAGAUGGUUUACCAGUUUAUGACCAAGCUGGACUGGUUCUCAACGCUCUUUCCGCGCAUCCCUGUGCCCAUCCAGAAGCAGAUCGAGAAGAAGAUUGAGCAAUACUGCAGGGAGCAGGGCAUCACCAUCAACCAGCUAAGCUCUGGACGCUCAGCAACGGGCCCGGGUGCUGGCAGUGGCCCUGGAGCUGGAGAUGGCCAGGACGGAGAUUACCAAGAGUAUGAAGGAGGAGGAGGAGGAGGCUCCUCUGAUCGUGGAGGUGGUGGCGGACGUGGCGGAGGGCACGCUAUGAUGGGUUCUGGCUCAAGAGCUAGCGCCUAUCCACCGCCGAUGAACUAUCGCAACGAUCAUGAUGAUCGCGCCUACUACCCACCCGCCUCGGGAUCCUCCUAUGGCCGCGGGCGCGGUGGCUACGAUGAUUACCCACCGGCCCCGCCGCCGCCACAAAUGCCAUAUGGCGGUGUCAGUGGCGUUGACCGGGAAAGGGGGAGAGAACGGGAUAAUGACUACGACCGCCAUCGCAGCAAGCACAAGAAGAAGCACAAGCAUAGACAACACUCACGCAGCCGUAGCAGAAGCCGCAGUCGAAGUCGCCACCGUUCCGAUCGGUACGAUCACAAGCGAGAGGCCGGUGGCCACGAGCGGAGCAGUAAGAGCCGCCACUACGACGACCGGGAGCGACGCCACCGGUGAAAGUUGUCGAUCCUGCGUCCCGCCAACCAACGACUCCAGGCUACGUUGUGCUGCUUCUAACUGACAUUGUUUCACCCUAACAUUAUACAUUUUUUUUUUAUUGUAAAACUCUACUCUACACUUUUGAGGCCACGGACGCGUGCCCCAGCCUCUUACUCAGGUUAAACACUUCCCGAGCCCACGACAUGUUUUACAAAUCUAGACACAAUCACACACUCUGACACCCCCGGCGCAAGCAGGCAGCAGCAAGGCUACAGUGGCUCAUGUCUCAUUGGAAGCAGAGUUACAAUUUAACUUUAAAGCUGUUUAGCGUACUAUAGAUGAGAUAUAAAGAAUAUGUUAAUGCCGUUUUAA